UAAUCUCUCACUUUUUCAGAUCCACUUUGAUUUCAAAUCAGUUUCCAUUCACACACGUUCCGUUUUCUUCUUCUUCUUCUUCUUCUUUCACCGCCAUUUCAAAUUUUCAGAUCCAACACUGUUUUUCAAUUCCGAUUCAAAUUCAAUCUUCUCAUCCAUCAAUGGCGAAUCCGAAUCAGAAUCCUGCAGGAUUCUCCGCUGUUCUCGUUCUUCAUCUCUUACUCAUUUCUUUGCUAGUCAACAUCACUCCCUCCGCCGCCGAUUCACCGGCUCCGGCGCCGAAUUCAUUCGCCGGGUUACAUUUAACUCCUUCUCCAAACCCCUCCCCUGCCAAUUCCCCGGCUCCGGCGGCGCCUCCUCGUCCCGAUUCGCCUCCCGCACCUUCUCCUGAGAGCUCUGAUUCUCCUUCACCGUCACCGGCGGAUGCAAAUGAUGGCGAAGUCAAUCACGCCGGCGAUGUGGUCGCGAAAUCAUCCGGUGGAGGAACGAGUUCCGGCAAGAAGGCGGGGAUUGCGGUGGGAGUUAUCGUAGGUGUAGGUGCGAUUGUAGUGGCAGCGAUGGUGUACAAGAAGCGCCGGCAGAAUGUGCAGCGAUCUCAGUAUGGUUAUGCAGCAAGGAGAGAACUUCUGUAGAAGCAUUGAUUUCGAUCACAGGUUAUAUACACUAUGCAGAAUUCUAGGGUUCUCUCAAUUUGAUUAUUGAUUCUUGCUACUCUCUAAAUAAUCGCGACAUUUUUUUUUCAGAUUUGAAACUAUGAUCAUUUUAUGAAUUAGUCUUGCAUAGAUUGCGGAAACCUAUAUAUUCGUGUCUUGAUUUUGGAUUACUCUCAAGGGCACUCAUUGUGUAGUAUUUAUUUGUUUUAAUUUCAAUUUCAAUUUCAGUA